GCUAGUGUGUGCGUGCUAACAACAGCUAGCUUCGCUUCAGAGACACAGAGCACGAGCUAAAGCGCGAGCAGGAGAUAAAAGGAUAAAGAAAUAAACAAAAUAAACAAUCAGCAUCAAAGAGAAAAAGAAAAUAAAAGUGUUACUGCAAUCCGACAUGUCAUUCAUGUGUGUGUAGGACUGAACAUGUAAUGAAAGGACCAUGGCUAUGUCACUGAGCGCAGACGAUGAGGAUUACGAUUCCGAUACAACCGAACAGCAAAGGCCAGCUAACAGGCCCAAACCCAAGAUGGCAGCCACGGCAACAGCUUCCACGCCCACCGCGUCAUCGUCGUCCUCGGCGAGCGCGGUGGUCAAGCUGCCGUCCAGCCGGAGCUCGUCGGGGGCGCGGCGCAGGAGGACGCGCUGCAGGAAAUGCGAGGCGUGUGUGAGGAGCGAGUGCGGCGAGUGUCACUUCUGUAAGGACAUGAAGAAGUUCGGCGGGCCGGGACGCAUGAAACAGUCGUGCAUCAUGAGGCAGUGCAUCGCUCCUGUCCUGCCUCAUACAGCAGUGUGUGUGGUGUGUGGAGAGGCUGGUAAAGAGGACACACUAGACGAGGAGGAGGAGAAGUUUAACGCCAUGCUCAUGGAGUGCUCCAUCUGCAACGAGAUCGUCCAUCCAAACUGUCUGAAGGUGAAGGAUGCGGCAGGUGUAGUGAACGACGAGCUUCCGAACUGCUGGGAGUGUCCCAAAUGUAACUACGCUGGCAAGACAGGAAAGGCCUGCAAGCAAAAACGAGGCCCAGGGUUCAAGUACGCGUCCAACCUGCCGGGCUCGCUGCUCAGGGAGCAGAAAUGCAGCCGCGACGAGUCCGAGAGGAGGAAGAGCGAGAGAGACGACACUCCCAGGAUGCCUUGCGACGACUCGCCGUCGCUCCUGAUGUCCAGGGACGUGGCGCGGCCACGCCCCGACAUGCCCAGCUUCCUGAGGAAGAAGAAGAAGCUGUUUGACGACGACGACGAGGAGGAGGACGCCGCCAGCACUAAAAAGAAGCUGAAGAAACCGUGGAAGCCGGAGGAGUCGUUACUCCCCAAGAUCUCCUCCAUGAACAUGGAGGAAGACGAGCCGUCGGACCUGGAGGAGGAGAAAGACGAGGAGAGUAAACCAGCGUCGCGGACCCUGAACAGAAAGGAGCUCGGCUCUUUUAGGAAACACGAGGAGGAACGAGAGGAGGACGAAGAAACGCAGAAGUAUAUAAAAGAGGAGGACGAGGACGAAGAGAACGGUGAGCUGCAGGAGCGGGUACAGCGGGCGCAACGGGCGAAACGGGUACGCCGCAGACCGACGGGGCGGAACGAGCUCUCGCUCGCCAACGAGAACCUGCAGCCGGACGACAGCGAGAACGACGAGAACGAUAAGAAGAACAUCCGAAACGGAGAGAGUGGAGAGAGGGCGCACCUACGGGCACGAGAAAUAAACGGUGCGUCGUGGGAUUUGCGCCACUUCUACCCGUCUCAGAUCGUCCCGCUGGGCCUCAAUCGCAUCGCCCCGCCCUUGCGCCCGCCUCCCCCCCGCUCCCCGCCCAAGUGCGUUCCGAUGGAGCGUCACGUCAUCCGUCCUCCCCCCAUCUGCCCUCCUCCUGAUAGGCUGCCCCUGGCCGACGGGCGGAACCACGUGCUGCAGCGCGAGAUCUGGUUGGCCGUGUUCGGUCACCUGAGCCACAGUGAGCUGUGCGUGUGUAUGCGGGUGUGUCGCACCUGGAACCGCUGGUGUUGCGACAAGCGCUUGUGGAUGAAGAUCGACGUGAGCCGCUGUAAGUCCAUCAUCCCCCUGAUGCUCAGCGGUAUAAUUCGGAGACAGCCCAUCACUCUGGACCUGAGCUGGACCAACAUCUCCAAGAAACAGCUGAGCUGGCUGAUCAACAGGCUGCCCGGACUGCGCAUGUUAAUCCUGUCCGGUUGUUCCUGGGCAGCGGUCUCCGCUCUCUGUACGUCCAGUUGUCCUCUGCUGCGCACUCUGGAUCUGCAGUGGGUCGAGGGACUGAGAGACACACAGAUCAAAGACCUGCUGUCUCCUCCUACAGACAACAGACCAGGUCAGAUGGACACUCGCAGUAAGCUGAGGAACGUUCUGGAUCUGAACCUCUCGGGGUUGGACGUGACCGACGCCGCUCUGCGCCUGAUCGUUAAGAACAUGCCGUUCCUGAAGCACCUGGAUCUGAGUUACUGUAACCACGUCAACGACCAGUCGGUGAACCUGCUGACGGCUGCUGGGACCACCACACGAGACUCGCUCACCGACAUCAACCUGUCAGUGUGUAACAGGAUCACCGAUCAGUCUCUGAGCUACUUUAAACGCUGUGCGAGUAUCUGCAGGAUCGACCUGCGUUACUGUAAGCAGGUGAGCAAACAGGCGUGCGAGCGCUUCAUCGCCGAGAUGUCCGUCAGCGUCUCGUUCGGCCUGCACGAGGACAAACUGCUGCAGAAACUCAGCUAACACACACACACACACACACACACACACACACACACACACACACACACACACACUCACUCCUGUUUACUGAAUCAGGAAGGGACUGAGCCAGUGUGGAGGUGUUGAUGCGUUAACAGUACCUUCUAAUGUGGAGUUGAAAUAUGGAUUUUGGUGACACACAGACUGCAGUUCAUUCAGCAGUGGACAUGACCAUGAACUGAUCUGAACAAAUCCACCUUCUGCAGGAGGGAAUCUGGACUGCACCGCCACCACCACCAUAAUAAACCAUUUCAACCAGCUCAUCACCUGUAACAGAAGCUCUGUUACAACCACAAAAAAUCUAAUCAGCUGAUUUAUUUCCUCAGUCUGUAAUUUCUUGCAAAAGUUUGUGCACCCCGGGGUUACGUUCCAUCUUCUCCUCAUUUCCUUGCUGUGUUUUUGCUCUAAAAUGUGCCGAGACUGUUCUGCACCCCCGCCGACACGCCCGCAGUGGCCGGCCACAUUUUUCACCUGCCUCCACCGGACAGCAGAGGUUCCAAUUCUACAGCAGCAAUGAUUUCUGACCCUUUCAGCCCUUCAGGCAGAGCCAAUCGUGCCUGUGUGUGUCCGUAGCACCGCCAGGGAUUCUAGCUGGAGAGCUCAGGAGCUUCAUUUGGGUUGCUCCCACACUGGCGCUUGCUUUGCACCCCUUUCCGCACAGUUGUGGACAUUUAACAUUGUAGGUCCUGGAUCGAUGGUCCCUCUGCGCUCAGGGGUGCAGAGAAUCCAGUUUUCGAGGUGGCUGUGCCUGUCGGAGGGGCGGUCGAAGGGGUGGUCGAAGGGGUUCCUUGUUGCUGCUGCAGAUGUGACCUCAGCUGGCGUGUGGAGGAACAUCGCAGUGUAUAUGCCUCUCUGUGCAAAUCCGCCACCGACUGGUGAAAACGUGGGGUCGGCAGCUGCACGAGGGGGUGGGUGCUAGUCUGCCCAUCUCCUCGGUCAGCGUGGAGGCGACGCAGGCUGUCGGGACACGAUUAAAUCGGGAGAACCUCGAAUUGAAACCUGAACUCUGUACAAGUGUUGCAGUUCAACGUGCACGUCACAUGUAAAGUAUUCUGGGGUGAAGCAGUGAUGUAAAUAUAAAAAUAAAGAUGCAGGGGUCAGAGCUCACACACACCUACACACUUCCACAGGUUCGUACACACACACGCACACACACGCUAAAAUAGUCCUUGUGAAGCUUGAUUGUGUGCAGAUGAUGAAGCUGCUCUUUAUUGUUUGAUGGAUUUUUUUUAUAAUCUGAUCAUUUUGAUGAUAUUUGUGUCGUUUGUUCCUGUGCUCUGGUUUUGGACACGUGCUGAUAUUUAAUUUCACCCUAAUAUUUUAUUUACCACAUCAGAGAAACAUUUCAUUAUUAUUAUUAUAUUAUUAUUAUUAAUAUUAAUAUUAGCAGGUGUCUGACUAUCUAUGAUAUGAAUUUAUACGAAUUAAAGGUGCGUCAUGAAUACACAUCGAUGCCGUGUGGGUGUGGCACAGCAAUAAGGAUCCACAAGCCCUGGGUUCAGUCCGUAUAGAUUCCCCCAAACUUACCUUCCCAAAACAUGCAGAAGGUGGACUGGCUGCACUAAAUAAACUCUAGGUGCGAGUGAGGGAUCGACACUAGUGUGUAUUCCCGCCUUGCACCGGACCCACCGAGACCCUGACCAGAUUAAAGCAUCAGGUGAAGAGGCAUGAUGAUGUUUGAUCGAUUAAAGAAGGUAAUGGCAACCCGUCCAGGCUGGAAUGUUUACAGCUCUACAGUCAGACGUUGCCUGCACUCAAAUGCAAACAUGGCAGACUCCAGCACCACACAGCCAGCAAUGCAGGGUCAGGAUGUAAACGACUGGUUCCAGCGUUCCGGCACCUUUAAUGAUUUUCCAGCAAUUAAAUUUAGACUGUUUGAUUCUCGUCAUGCAAGAUGUAGAUCAGACGGGGUCCUAAAUAAUAAUAAUGCAGUAUUUAUAUCCAUCAAUUCCUGCUUUAUAUGGGCCAAAAGUAUGUGGACACCCUUCCUAAAUGUUGAGUUCUAGUGUUUUUUAGCCACAUCCGUUACUAACAGGCAGGAAAAACAUGUGGGGCAUUCAAUGCCAAAAUAUAUUAAUUAUAUAAAAUAAAUUAUAUGCCUCUGAUGUUAUGUCAACAAGCUGGGGAAGGGCUGUCAUUAUUGUACCCCAUUAACAGCUUUGGGAGGAAUUAGAACACAGAUUGUGAGGCUGGUCUUUUCGUCCAACAUCACUGCCUGACUGAGGCGGCACAAAUCCAGAAUGAGCACUUCUAAAUGUCGUGGAAAGCCACACAUAAUGAUGCAUGUGGUUAUGGAAUUGGAUGUCCAACAUGGUCAGGUGUCCACAUACUUUUGGCCAUGCCGUCCCACUAUCGAACACUUUCAUGUAAACAGUGUAUUUAUAUUUGUACGUAUUAAUAAAACCAAGAAAAUUAAAGAA